GCUCGCCUGUCUGGCCGUCUUGACUCUUUUGUCCUCGCUUGUCUGCCCCAUCUAGUCUUCAAUCAACACAAUAUACUCCAACCAUGAAGGUCACCAUCAAAGAGUGGAAUGCCGUCGCAACCUGGCGCUGGGACAUGCCCGACGACGAGGUCUGUGGUAUUUGUCGCGUCCAGUUCGACGGGACCUGUCCGACCUGCAAGUUUCCCGGCGAUGAUUGUUCAUUACUGCUUGGAAAAUGCGGCCACUCGUUCCAUAUGCACUGCUUGAUGACUUGGAUCCAGCAAGAAUCUUCCAAGGGGCUUUGUCCCAUGUGCAGACAGAAAUUCGAAUGGAAGCAAAACGACGAGGAACAAUAAUCGGUCUCGAGGACCAACUGCCGGCCUUUGCGAGGCAUUCGAAGGACCAGAAACUAUGAUACCCACUCCAGCAUAUCUGCAUAGGCUCCCAUCAUUACCUUACUUACAUUCAUGUACAUACAAAUCCCUUCCUAGCAUCACUCUU